AAAGGCCACGCGAAUAAGCACAACAUGUCGACCCAGGGUGACCCUGGCUCCUUGCCACCAGGCAGUGUUGCUCACCAUGACGGUUCCUCCGUCGCCGCUAGUAGAGGCUCCGGAAGUUCUCGUCGAGAUAGUAAGCGCCGCCUUGAUCGGUCACUUGACAGGGCUGCGAGGCACCGUCGUCAGGUUGCUGCAGAAACCCGACGAACAAAACCCGACAACGCAACACAUGACUGGAUGUGUGGAUUCUGCGAGUACGAAAGCAUUUUCGGCGAACCUCCCAAAGCACUGAUCCGAGCGUAUGAGAUCAAAGAUCGAAAACGUCGACAAGAAGAGGCUGAUCGCAAGCGACUUCUUGAAAAGGCCAAGGCGAAGAGCAGGAAGGGGAAAAAGAGUGGCAAGGCCUCGUCCAGAGGAGAGCAUGCUGUUACGCAGCCACCAAAUCAGGAACAAGGCAGCAAUAUUGGCACGAACCAUAAUCACUCGACCCAGCCAGAAAAGGGUGAAGACUACCCCGAUUCUCCUGGAGAACGGACAGGGCCCGACAUAAAAGCCAACGGUUCAUCACCCUAGGGUUUGGGCAUGCUGUAGGGGAUUGCGCUGCUCGAGCAACCCAAUUCCCCUCGUCAGUCUGGGGAAACUGCGCUCGUUAUCGAUCUAUCGAGAUACGGAGGGCAUCUUUCAGUUAACUUGGUGUCGGAGUGCAGUCUCACUAAUUCUGAAAGUUCCGCAAUCCCGACAGCUUCUGCUUCUUGUUUUUGGUCUUAGGAAUUGCAGCAAUAGCUCAACGACUUAGGGAUCACUUACUUCUUAUUUGAUCGGAGGAUGUAUUAGCUUACAGAAGACUGAGCUACUCGGUGGGGAGAUGGCUCAGUAACUGAAAGCAACCACGGGUUAUCAGGCAUAGGAAUGUGUUAGGAUAUGCCAUCAUGGAUAGCAUAAUUACACUUUCAGCAUCAAGAACAGCGGCAGUGUGUAUUACUAGAGCUACUUGUAGUAGUAAAUCGGUUCCUCUAUUACCACUCUUUGUUAACCACUUG